UCGAUCAACGGGUCUUACAACUUUACAGAAAAAUAAUCAUUCGAUCAAUGGGUCUUACAGCUUUACAAGUAUUUAGGAUCGAAUAUGCUCUAUAGCAUUGCAUAAUCUUAUCUAUGAUCAUCGUCCUAAUCAGCUUUUGGACUUUUCCUCACUCAGUAAUCCAUUUUUUAAUGUAACUCCAUUUUUCUUCUCUACCCUCCUCUCUCCUACAAAUUCCGACUCUUCUCUAUUCAUUUUCUCGCUCCUCUGAAAAACCUUCAUCUUCAAUUCUUCAACAUCAUCAAUGGCUUCCGCAAAACCCUACCUCACCAUUUUCUCUCUCCUCUUCAUCAUCACCAUUUCUCUCUCCUUAACUCCAUCCUUCUCUCAAUCUCCAACUCCGCCUUCCGUCUUCGAUAUUCUCCCCAAAUUCGGCCUCCCAAGCGGCCUCUUACCCAACUGCGUCAACAACUACACUCUCUCUCCCGAUGAUGGCACUUUCGUCGUUGACCUCGACACUUCUUGCUACAUUCAGUUCGAUUACCUGGUUUACUACGAGAAACGCAUCACUGGAACCCUAAAAAUUGGGUCGAUUACUAAUUUGAAAGGAAUUCAAGUCAAACGAUUCUUGUUUUGGUUUGAUGUUGAUGAAAUUAAGGUCGAUUUGCCUCCUUCCGAUUCGAUUUACUUUCAGGUUGGUUUGAUUAACAAGAAGCUCAGUGUUCAUCAGUUUGAAACUAUUCAUUCUUGCCGUGAUUCCGUUUCUGCUGCUCGCGGCGCGAACCUUCGUUCUUGGAGCUUCGAGCUUCCACCUCCUAUUGAUGGAGAUAUCCCUAUGUUGCUGACCGAAUAAAAUGCAUCACUUAUCAGUGAUGAAUGAAGGCACAGAUUGCUUGUUUUCCCCAUAGUCUAAUAGCAGAAGCUGAGAUGGCCUUGCCGUAAGACGGAAGUUUGGUCUCCGGCUGCUUAAGAUAAAAGUAUAAUAUGUACAUGUCCCAUGUUUUAAGGGCUUACACUUGUAUUACUAUUUAGUGUAGAAUUCUUCUCUGAUGAAUGUAUCGGAGAAAAUGUAGCCUAGUAAUACCCACUACCUAGUACCUAGAAUAUGUGUGUAAUACUGUAAACAAUCCUGUGAUGGAUAUUUUCGGCAUCCUGGAAUCUACUAUUUCGUACAUGUUAUCUACUUUGAGUUUCUGCUUCGCUUUUAA